AUGGUGGAGAGUACAUACGCCGGUGAUUCACCAAGAUCUCAUUCCCCAAUGACGGAGCCGUCGAGUCCUCUCCACGAUACCCCGUCAUUGUCAUCAAAUCAUCAUCAUCAUCACGGCCAUCAUCAUCGGUAUCUUUACAAUUACUCACCAGAGAGUAUUCAACAAAAAUUGAGAGCGGAAUUAUCGGGUAAGGAGAUAACGCGCAGUCCGGGGAGUCCUGAUGGUACGAGACAUCGUCGAGAGCAAAUUGGUAAAGCUGGUAAUUCCGCAUCGAUGUCAUCGCCGGCGUCUCUCUUCACUAUUGACAGUAUUUUAGCUCCGAGACCGACAGGUAGUGUCAGUGGUACCCCAGCAACAAGCACCAGUGGAUUAUCUAUUCUCCAGGGGUGUCCGGAGACCGUCGGCUCACCACCGAGAACACCCGCUAUUCACCCACUUCAGCAGCAACUGCAUCAUCUUGCCUUUACACCAGCCGAUUUUUUGGCUGCUGCAUACCCUGGUCUCUACUCCGGAGGGUAUGUAGCUGCGAUGGCAGCAGCGGGUGUAUCCCUCCAUGGACAACCAGCAUUUUAUCACACAACACACCCUUAUCAAAUGAGUGCCAAUGGCCCAGGAAUCGGCCCAAUGACAAAACGAAAGCGAAGACACAGAACAAUAUUCACGGAGGAGCAGUUGGAGCAGCUGGAGGCGACAUUCGAUAAAACACACUACCCGGAUGUCCUGUUGCGUGAACAGCUUGCACUCCAGGUUGACCUCAAGGAGGAAAGGAUCGAGGUUUGGUUCAAGAACCGCAGGGCAAAAUGGCGCAAGCAGAAGCGAGAGGAGCAGGAGCGCUUGCGCAAAUUACAGCUGGAGCAAAGACAGCGGACAGAGGAUGGCCUGUCAUCUCUACCCCGUGGUCAUCUCACCCUCAAUGGACAGCACGACCCGGACACCGACAGCUCAGACCUGGAGGUCGCGUAG